AUGCAAGAGCUUCGCACUGCUGCUGAGACCGAUGUCUCAAAUGCAAAUACAAUUAUUGCGAAUGUUACUUCAACUCUUACCACCGAGAAAGAAGCACUUCAAAAGGUUUUUUCUGAUCUCCAAACGGAUCAUUUGACCUGCCAGACCUCCAUUGCUUCUCAAAUCACGAAACUUCAGGAGGAUUUGGCGCUUGAAAGUGUUCAAGCUUCUAGUGUUCCAAUUGCGAUAGUAGCUGAAGAACAUGUAGCUCCAGCAAGACCAAAUCUCAGUUCUUCGUUUAAGGUCUCAGAUAGUGACAAUGACAAUGAUACUGAUGAUGAUGUUGGUGAUUCUGAUGAUGAUGAUGAUGAUGAUAGUGAUAGUGAUGAUGGAGUGGAUUUUCGUAUAUAUGUACCACCGAAGGAGCCAGUUAGUAAGGAUGUGGAUACUCCAGCUGAGACUGAAAAGGAUUCAACUGCAAGGAAGCCUCCCCAAGAAGUUCAUGUUAUUUCUAAUUUUCCAUCUGAGAGUGAUAAAAUUGAUUCAGACGCCUCCUUAGUGCCAAGAAAGAGAAGACAUAAAGAUCCAAGGCUGGGAGUAUUUAUUUCUGAACCAGUACAAUCAUUAAGCCCUACUGUAGAUGCAACCCAAGUCUCUCAAGAUGAUCAAAGCCCUUCUGUAGAACCAAUCCAGGUUCAUGAUAAUGUUCAAAGUCCAAUUUUUGGCGAAGGUUUAGAUUUUCUUGCCAAUAAAGAAACGUUUGCCUCGGGAAGUUCUUCCGCUCCACCACCUCCAGAGCAUGAUGUCGCAUCUGUCAAGCUAGCCAUGAUACUUGCUUUUCAAGACUCUAUUUCUCAGUCCAAAGGAAAAGGGUUAUCUAUUGGCUCCAAACAAGGGAGUGAUGAAGAUUCUCAUCAAAUCAUCUCUGAGCUCAAACAAGAGAUUAACUCUAUUAAAGAUGCGAAGAUUUCCGAACUUCAAGCAAAUCUUGGUGGUAUAACUGCUUUAUUCUUUGACCUGAAACAACGCUUACUUGAGAAGUUUGUUGAUGAUUUUCAACCCCUGAGCGCUGAAGGUGAAAAGAUUUCUUCCUCUACUUCUAAUCCAGUUAAUCCACCUUCUCAAUGUGAAAGUGAAAGAGUUGUUAGACCUGCACCGGACACGAAUCUUGACACUUUUUUAUCUUCUGGUCCUUCUUUUUCUCAAGAAAGAAGAGAGAAGCAAGCUCGAAUUGAGGAGCUGAAAGGGAAGAUGUUAGUAAUGAAGCGUUCAGAUCAGAAUGUUUCAGGAAAAUGUGGGUUGUGA